AUGACGUCGAUGGAGCAUAAUGAGACCAGUACCAAGUCGCUAAACGAUAUAUCGCUAGAGGAGUUGAGUAAGAGACAGCAGCAGCAGAAUAUAUACGUGCAGCCGGUUUUGGGGUCGCAGACCGACGAUAACCGCAUGAGCAUCGACAAUCAGGGCGACGCCAACACAGAGGACGGAGGAGUGAGCCAGGCAUCCAAAGGAGGACCAUCAGACACAGGCGCAGACAAGAAUGAGAAGACGCUGUCGGCGGCCGAGUUGACUAAAAAGGAGUCGAGACAUAGUGACCGUGAUACCACGACCAAGGGCAAGUACACGUUGAACGACUUCCAGAUCUUGCGAACAUUAGGAACUGGGUCUUUUGGUCGGGUGCACUUGACACGGUCGAUACAUAACGGGCGUUUCUACGCCAUGAAGACGUUGAAGAAAGAACGAGUAGUCAACAUGAAGCAGGUUGAACAUACAAACGACGAAAGACGCAUGUUAAAGCUUGCGCAGCACCCAUUCAUCAUCAGAAUGUGGGGCACCUUCCAAGAUUGCCAUAACUUGUUCAUGAUCAUGGACUAUAUAGAAGGAGGUGAGUUGUUCUCGCUCUUGAGGAAAUCCCAACGUUUUCCAACCCCAGUAGCCAAGUUCUACGCAGCCGAAGUAUUUUUGGCCAUUGAAUAUUUACACGAGUUGGAUAUCAUCUAUCGUGACUUGAAGCCAGAAAACAUCUUGUUAGACAAGAAUGGACACAUCAAGUUGACCGACUUUGGCUUUGCAAAAGAAGUUAGCGACGUUACAUACACAUUAUGCGGAACUCCCGAUUACAUAGCCCCAGAGGUGGUGGCAACAAAACCUUACAAUAAAUCUGUAGACUGGUGGUCGUUCGGGAUCUUGAUCUUUGAAAUGCUCACUGGCUACACGCCAUUUUACGACCCUACCCCAAUGAAAACUUAUGAAAAUAUAUUAAAUGGUACAAUUACCUACCCUGACUACUUGCCGCCGGACAUUUUGGAUUUACUUCAAAAGUUAAUCGUAAAGGACUUAUCCCAGAGACUUGGUAACUUGCAGGAUGGCUCUGAUGGAAUAAAGAACCACCCGUGGUUUAAGGAAGUUAUAUGGGAAAGGUUACUUUCGAGAGAUAUAGAGACUCCUUAUGAACCCCCUAUUACAUCUGGUAUUGGUGAUACUUCUCAAUUCGAUAGAUACCCUGAAGAUAAAGAUUUGGAUUACGGUAUCAGUGGUGUUUCUGACCCUUAUGCUUCUAUGUUUGGUGAUUUCUAA